GUCUAUGAGAAAAUGACUCUACUUCUCACCUGAUUUAUUAACUUUGCCCGUCUGUUUUUAGUUCAUGAAAGUUAGGUGUAAGUUUGUAUUCAGCUUGUGUCACUUCUGGUUACAAAAAAAGCAAGAUAUCGACGGACAAAAUGCCAAAUUGAAGCUACAAAACGGCCGUCAACAAACAAAUGUGACCACGUCCUCUUCUGAUAUAUAGUCUAUGUUCUCUCGACUGUGCUUUUACGUGAACAUGCGCACACACACCUUCACCGAGUAAGUGAUUUGGUUUGUUUUCUUAGAACCGGUCCGAUCAGUGCUUCAGUGUGGGCCAGCUGAUGAUUGUGGGGCCACUCCUGCUGACAAGAGGAUAAACCACGGAAUGUAUAAAAUAAGUGGAUGUAGCCACCGUGGUGCCACUAUGCGAUAUAAAUCAUCAUUUACAAUGUUGAUAUCUGUCCUCCAGCCUUUGCUCCGGUUUGUUUUGCGGUAAACCUGAGACCUUUAUCACCAGCAGAGACAGAAACAAAGAGAGAAACAGAUAUGACAUGUUUUUUUUUCCAUGUGUAGAAGCUCUGCAUUCAGACCGGGGGCCUCUGUGUGCGUACCGGGCAGCCUGCCUCCAGACCGGGUGACUAAGUGGCUGCCUGCAACAUCACAGCCGUCCUCGUAUUGAUCCCCCACUUGCUCUUCUGCUUUCCACUUUAUUGUGUUCUAUUGAUGUGUUCUCAAAUGAGUGUCGCACACCAGUGGCGUUCCAAAAACUGCAAGCAAUUAACAUUCCACAGUUUUAAACGUUUGCAUGCUUUUAUUCUAUUCAAAGAUACUUACUGGCGCCUGGUUCUGUCUCUCCCUUACUGUUACUCCGCUCAUCUCUCCCCUCUUGGGUGGCGUCGGUCUGCCGAGGUCAAAUAAAUCAACCCGGGCCGACCUCUCGCAGCAGAGAGCGAAAGGCAGGAAGGGAGGUAUUUAUGGAGCAGGGGGCUAUUAAUAGAAAGAAGAAUUGAUUUAUGUGGGUCUGUAUGUGUUUGUGUGUCUGCGUAUGUGGGUUUCACAUGCAAUUUCUUCUUCUAAUUCUCAGAACCAAUGUUGCAUGUAUGAGUAAUCGUGCGUGUCGUAUGGUGGCAGAAAUAAAGACACUUGAGGGUUUGACACCAAAGACCCAGCAGGUCCAGGAUAGCAGAGGCAGUGAUUUCUGUGUUGAUUAGGUUCAGACAAGAGAAGCUCAGAGGUGUUUAGCUCAUGACUCCCGUCUUCUUAUUGUGUUACAUGUGGUCAACUGGGCACAGCGCCAGCUGCAUGACACGAAGCUGCACAACCUCAAAGAGAGUUGUUUUCUUGCACUCUUUUGCUCAAACACCGUACUUUCAUAUACACUUACACAGAAUGCAUGUCUCAGGUCAAAGCUCAUAGAUUAAAGUCUUGCUGGUGAUUUGUCGGCAGGCACUGUCUGCCUUCAAACCCUUCACUGCACAGACAGCAUAAGAAUUAGCAGGUUUAUUCUCUCUUAAUACUAAUCUAAGUGGGCUGUUAGUGAGGUCUAUAUGAUUGUCUUUUUUCAUGGGUUGCGGGAUAAACAGCACAAUAUUAGAUUACUAUUCACUUGUUUCCUGUAUGGUGGGUUUCAUUUUAAUCUCGUAGUCUUCUGACCAUAUGAUGAACCUUUAUUUUUUCCACAACAGAAAUUCAACUAUCUGCAUCAAACCAUCUGUCCUUAAUAUUCCCCCAGCUGUGCAUAGAUGGUCGUUUAUCAUCUUCCUACCCAGAAGCUCCAACUUGUCUCUUUUGCCAUAUGCUUGACGGGCCACUGCGUCUGCUCCCAGGAUCAACAGACAAGAAAAACAAAUCUCCCUGCAGCACCGGCCCAUGUGUGUCUCUCAGAGUGCAUACACGUCAAAGGAUUAGCUCAAAUUAGAUGUGUACACCUGAUGGGUGGGAUUUAAUUUCAGGUUAUUGUGAAUUAUCGUUGUUGACUCCUUUAUAUUGCUGGGUCUGAUCAGUCUCUCCACUGGGCUGUUAUGCACACACACACGUCUCCUUUCUUAGAGCCUGUCUUAUUAGUGAUGAUAGUGGGGCCGCUAGCGCUAACUUGAUGACAAAGAGGAUCAACCAUUGGGAUGAACAGCAGCAGGUCAUUCUAGUCAUAAUCCUCCUUCUGCAGUCUGUCUGUGUUUGAUCCACUCCACGAUGAGCCACACACUCCCGUUGUCUGUGGCAUGUUUUUUAUCCUUAGCGAUCAUUGGAUAGUCUGAGUUCAAACCAGUACAAUCUACACCGUCACCUAAAUGUCCACAACCCCCGAUCACUGACUUUACAGUCCUAAAGGAUAAGUUGUGCAUUUGAGCCUGUUAUCUACAUUAUGUUCCACGUUGAUUCCCAAAUCAUACUAUUGUUUACAAUUUGCUUUAAGGGAAUCACUAGUUUCCAUUCAUUUCAAUGCAGCAAGAAAAUCCUCUUGCAGCGAUUUUACGAUACAACAUUUGAUAUCUUCUAAACCUCGUUGUUUUCAAACGUAACUUCUUUUUUUUAAUUGUGUCGUAUUAAUGCUAAAGUGUUGGAAUCCUUAGAGAUUCAAUGUUGGGCUUGAGGACAGUACAGCAGGAUAGAUAUUUACUCGUAUACACGUGAACCAAGAUCCUCCGGUGGAGUGCCACUCGACUCUCUAUGGGUCUGUUUCUCUGAAACACCUCUAUGGAUCCAGAGAGUGGUGCCAGUAUGACAUCCUCUAGCAUGCCUUUGCAAUGUUAAUGUUCUUUGCUGAAAUGUAUAUUAGGCACUCAGUUCUUAGAUAGGCGGUGUAGAAAAUCAAAUCUGCACACUGGCCUGUGUGUGUGAUGAUUUCUCUAUGUAAAUAAUAUGACGUAUCCUUCUUGAAUUCGGUCCCAUUGAUUUUUGGACACAGAAACAAAAUCAUGACAUAUUCUACAUAGAAAAUUAAAAAAUCUCUCUGGAUUCCUGUCUACCAUACCGCCUGUGUUUGGAGAUGCUUGGUGGAGGUCUGACUUUUCAUUCCGCGCGGUUUAAUCAGUUUGCAAACAGCGGUGUGUCUAGAUGAGGCCAGCCACUGACGAAGCAGCAGCAGAGUGCAGUGGUGGCUCCUCCUUUCAGCCACACCCCUGUGCAGAGACGGGUGGGUCAGUUGCUGGGCUCGGUCUGUAUAAAGCUGGACAUGCAGGCUCGUGUAGUGAACACUUCAUACGCGCUCUCGUAGAAAGAAAGAAAGAGGAACUCUGUACUCCCCGGUGCACCGAAACCCAACUCUUCAACACCAACAGACACCUGUCAGAAUCUGAAAUGGCCGCCUUCGUGUCGAUGGCCACCUGCCACACUUGCAGCAAGACGUCCAGACACAAAGGAAUGAACAGGGAGUUCAUAGCUACCCUCGCCAGGACCCGCAGCACACCAGGGAGCGCUGUUAAACACAAGACCCCGCAGUCAACCCACAGAGCCAACAUGACAACCCCCAAGACUCCUGGCAAAGACAAGACACCUGCUCAUACUCCUAGGUCCUCCACCUCCUCUAACACGUCAGGGUCGGCCCCAUCUUCCUCCAAGACUCCCUCUAAGCCUAAAAACUGGGUCGUCCAGCGUCUCAGCAAGAUACUAAUGCGAGAGCACCACCAGAGCAGCAAGAAGGGGGGCUUGAAAGAUUUUCUUUCCUCGCUUUGAGUGUCCUCCUUGUCUUUAUGUAAACUCUUACAAACAAGGGGUUAGACCCACAUUUGUAACGUGUUAACACCAAAGGCUCAGGAGGAACUUUGGUUUCUGAGCCGGUGUGGGAAGGGUCGCAGCCUGCCCACCAACACAGCUAUUGCUGGGCUGUUUGGAAUGGCACUCCUGGUAUCCUGAAUGCAGCAACUGGGAGCGCUGGGCUGGCUAUUUCAGCUGUUAAUCAGGGUUACUGCCUCUGCUGCUGAGCCAGUUGGAGACAAAUGCUUCUUUGUCUAAUUUAGCACACGCCUCUUGUAAUACUUCCGCUCCCUUUUAAGUGGAAGGAUUGAGGAAUUAUUCAGUGUUUAUCAAAUGGCUGAAACAUCGCAGCAAACCCAACUGUGUUCUGCGGUGGCGUUUGUGGCGCGACAAGCUGGUUUACAUGCCUUCUAACAUCCUUUAAAGUUACAAGUAUACAUGUAUAUGAUACGAAUAUAUACAACGUUUUCGUACUCGUAUUAAUUGAUGUCAAAACUUUUGUAUUUGAAUUUAUUGAUUUACUUUUACACCUCUCUUUCCAGGUGUUGCGAUGUGUCUGUGUACAUUCAUUUGAUAUGGGAGUGAGACUUACCAUUUGCUGUUUACAUUGAAUGGGCACAUCUGCCUAAAACCUGAACAGAAAGUACUUUUUAACAAUCAAUAUUGUCGAGGCUGUGCAUUUUCUUUUCACAUUUUCUUUGGCCAUAUGUUUUUGAAAGGUUAAGGUCGUUUUAUCUUUUUGUUAAGAGCAAGAAUUUUGAAUACAUUUACUGCGUUUUGUACUGCCUGGAUACCUGUUUUCAUUAGCUGUUCAAUGUUCAGUAUGUUUGAAUCCAGAAAUACCUCACAUUUGUAUUCCUCCAACACCGUGAUUCUCUGAAAUAAAACCUUUUCUG